UACAAUGGUCACAUGAUCAUGUUUAUAAAACACUUGUGAAUCAUUAAAGAAGUCACUUUCAGGGCGCAGUCCGCAACUAGCGGAAAAGGGAUACUAGAAGAAGGCAAGUUGGUCAUAUUAGUCGGUUCAUUCCUUUGUAAGUAUAAUUUGUUUAUAUUAUUUCUCUGUUGUUUGUGAUUAUUUGGUCGAUUAUUCGGUCAAAGUAACCAAAUCGAAAAUUAGCUGAAUCAGUGUUAAAAAAGAUACCGCCAAACAUAAUGUCAGAGCCUGCUCGAUAUUAGCAGGGGUGCAACACUAUGACAAAAAGGGAAAAAACCCCAACAUAAAAAGAAGUUGUUAUAACAGUUAAUUAAGCCUAGUAGUACUCACGUACGACGAAUUCGAUCUGGUAGCUUAAGCCUAAAAUGUGUUUAGGAACGCAAAUUGAUGAAUGCACUUUGAAAUAGUUUGUUGGUAUUUCCACUACAGUGGUACAAUUUUCUCUUACGAUAGAAUUUCGACAUUAAAGAGGGUACAUCCCUAGCUAUUGAUCAAAGAUCCCAAAGCUGAUUAAGCAAGAAUUCGAACUGCCUUUUGAAAUUAACUAUUUUUAGUACGUCGCGCUGCGGCAAUGAUCAUGAGUAGAUUAAGAAACUUGAAAAGGGCGCCCAUUUUGGCGAGAGAAGCACUCAGUUCUCUCAGAACGAUGGAGCACGAAUAAUUUAGUAAUAAAAUAUAGGCUCAAACAAUAUAUUAAUCAAUGUGGGUGCAAAAUUGGACUCAACAUUAAUUAUAUCUCUAGAUUGCCGUAAAACGUUUCUUGGUCACUUUCACUAUGAAACACCUAAUUUCUUCACUGCGUUAAAGCGUAGCGAGAACAAAAAAAAUCAUUAGCAGAGGAAAUGAAAGAGAAAGAGCUGGAUUUCGAAAGAGAGAGCUCCGUUUGGGUUUCUUUACGAUUUCAGUGAUGACAAAGUAAUUCGUCCCUUUUUCUUUCUUGUAGAGUCGGUCUUAUUAUUCUUGGUCGGCGAAGCAUUACAACAGCGAAACUUGUUCAGCAACUGCAAGAAUCAUUUUAGAAAAGGUCAACAUGAGUUCUAGUUCAGCUUUGUGGUUAUUGCUACUUUGGGGUAAGUUGAAAGCACCCGUGCACGUGACUUUUUUUUUUUAUAAUAGCUUCCUUGUUUAUCAAGGAUAAGACUAAGUUGGAUUAAAUUACGUGUUCCGCUCAUAUCGACGAACUAGUAAGGCGUGACCCUUAAAUAGUAUUUCCUAUUUGCUUCAGUCUUUUAACUAAAACAAGUAAAACAGGUAUUGAAUAUAUGAGAUUAUAUUUUCACUUUACGGUUGACAAAGUUUGCUGUUAAGGAAGCAUAAUGUUAUUUAACGGUACAGACCAGGACUGUCUAAAUCUGGUCUAAAUCUUAUCCUGUAGUGAGUGAUAUGGUGAAGGUUUUCUUUAUAUCAAUAAGUGUGUGUGGUUAAAUAACUAAAAUACUUGAAUUAGAGGAGAACUGAACAGGUGCCCCUCUCGUCCCUUUAAACUGCAUAAGCGCUAAACGGGAAUGUGAAGCGGGAAAGGAUAUGGUCUUUUUACUAAACUUUGGGUAUGAAAUCAUGAGGUAUAUUUCUUCGUCACUUUAAGAACCGGUGCCAAAGUGUGAAUUAGGGUAAGCGGGUUACGGUUAUAGGGGGGCCUUCCCGACAAGCCUCUGCGAAUAGUGGAUUGUUACGCGUUUCUGGGAAUCUGCUCACCUACAACUUCCCUAAGACGACAAUUUGUCCAGGGGUACACUCCCAGAUCUCUGUACAGCUUCAGUUGUGCCUGUAUAACGGAAUUGGUCAAGCUAUUAAUUACUAAAUGCAAAUUGAACGUCAAUAUAAAACGUUUGACUGUUGACAACGUAAUCAUGGUUUAAACGAAUAUGUCCAAUUUCACACCCUAACAAGAAACGGUGUUUGCUCCUAAAUUAUCGGUAAAUUCGCGUUGAGAAUAUAAUUAUUUUAUAAGAAUAUCGAGGCUGAAAUUUGCAAAAUUUUAAGAAUAUUAUAACAAUAAACCCGAGGUCGAGAUUUUCGACAGGAUAUAAUUUUAUAAUGUUGUUUUUCUGGUCUAGGUUAAAUAUUCCUAUUUUCUGCCGAAUUUAGGCUUAAAUAUUCUUUUAUUAUCCUUAAAUUGAGUGAUCCGAAGCUUAUGUCAUUUCCGUUUUAGCAUGUAUUGCAUAGAGUAUCAAGGUACCGGUUCAACGAGCUGUUAUCAGAUUAGCACUGAAGAUUUGGCAUUAGUUAAAGUGGAGUUUUUUUUGAGAGUGUUUGUUAGUUUUCCCGUUUAGAGAAAGAAAUAAUUAAUUAUACCACUUAAGUUAAAAACACAUUUUUGAUUAACUAUACUGAAAGGCCUUGAAAGGGAAAACCCCCUCUAGUAAUAUGGCAUCGCCAUUUCUCUCCCACUGAGCAGAACUUGAAAAUAUAAGAGGAGAUAUACGUCUUCCCUUUCAGAGACAAAAAAAAGGACGCUUGACCAUCUGAACUAUUUAAGCCGGAAACUGUAAAUAUGCGCUGGAACUAUACUGAAACCAAGCUUUCAGCGAAUCUUUUGGCUCAGGCAAAGAUCAUGCAAACGGAUAUGAAAGUACUUUCGAUUUAACGUUGAUCUUUCUUUCGUUAGCAAGAUAUUUUCAAGGUUUCAUCGAAACAGUUUAUAGGUUAUUCAGUCUUUAACUCUCUGUGAAUUUACAAAAAAUUAAAUGAAUUUAUGAAAUAUAACUACAAUAGAUUGAUCGUGGAGGGUUUUACAUGUAAAGGGGGCUUCAUGAAUCCAACUUUAGCGGGGCCUUUAGUGUCCGGGUGAAAGCGAUAACUAUUAUAUUACAGUUCUUUGCACCAAAAACUGACUAGUUUGAUAGUUCAAAACUUUUGUAUGUAAGAUGAAAGGUAUCGCUUUGCCGUUGCUUGAGAAUAGGUUAUGUACGGAAUGUCAAUGCAAAUUAUCGUUAGGCCAUUUCUAGUGCCGGUCUACAGCAGUUUCAAUUAAGUACGCUCUGAAACAGGCGGUUGUUAAGUGUUUUACUGAGCUAUGUUGUCUAAAAGAUGAUAAGAGUCUGAUAACUGUCGGAGACACGCGAAGGCAGACUAGAGUAUACACUGACAGUUACGUAUUAAUAUGAUGUGUCUAAUUUAUUAUAUAUCGGUAUUGGUUUGCUUGUGAAAGUGAAAGUGUUAUAUUUUUAUUUUAUGCUCAGGGGCACCCAACGAGGAUAUAGUUCAAAACCACUUAACAUAGCAUUGUUGAACGUAUUUUAGAGUAUUCAAACGGUAGAUAGAGGCAUAUUUUUAUCCCCUAAAAACUUUUCAUCUGUUCGGAUUUCCUAGCUGAAAGUCUAGUGAUCCGAAAAUUAUAGGGAUAAAAACUUACCUUCUCGAAAGGAAAAGGCUCCCGAAAAUUCUAGGUGGCCUUUUUUAGGGUCAAAAUACGUUAAAAAUGGGUAAUUAUACCAUUUUGUAUAUGUUCGAAAAUCCUAGGAGAGGCAGGCAAGCAAGAAAUUUUACAACAAAAUAAAUGCUCCGAAAAUUCUAGACCUCAAAUCGUCUUCCGAACAGAUAUUUUCCCGAAAAUUGCCGUUGGGUGCCCCUGUAUGCUCUCCCAACAGGAAAUUUGCUUCAUUACACAUCAGGUAGGAAUGAUUGUUUUACAUGUUUCUCCAAUCGCAUGAAUUCCUCACUAUGAACGGGAACUUCCUGUCUGUAUAGUUUUCCCGAGAAAUUCCCUUUCCUGGUGCAUUUCCAGCAAAGUAUAAUCAUGGUAAUAGCUAGACUGUUCACAGGGCAGGCCCACUGUUGCGUAUUGUGUUACGGGUGGCCAUCUUGGAUGAGUUUCAAAUCAACUUAGGGGGAGGGGGACAGUUUGGAAGGAGGCGGGAAAAAUAACUGGAAAGAAUUUUUCCCGCCUCCCGUCCCCGGCUGCGUCAAAAUUUCGACGCCCGUCCCCUCUGUACAUAUAUGAAACCAAGAUGGCCACACGUACCGCGCCGGUAAGCGCUCGAUCCUGACGAUCUUACGCAAAGGGGACUGUGAAAAGUGUGGGUAACAGCGACCUCCAAGAAACCAGACAUUUUUGCUAUCGAUGCAGUCAUUUUACAAGACAGGAAACAAAGUAAAAGCAACAAUUUACUCACUCAGGAGCCAAUCCUGCUCACUGUGAUCGAGUGAAACAAGUUUUGAUGCUGGAUACCACAGGGUAGGCAGCCUCGUCAAACUUACAAUAAAACAAAAACAGGAAAAGAAGUUUGAGGCUUAUACAACAGUAAAAGGAAUUGACUACUCAAUAAAAUAAACUGAGACAUACUUACUGAGAAGCUCUCGUGAACGUUCAGACGCAAAUAAGUUAUGGUAUUUACCGCCCUCUCGUCAUUUAAUGGCGUCGGCAUAAAUAUCUUACGCACAUUUUUUUUUUACAUUUUGCCAUGUCCGCAUUUUUUAUUUAUUUGUUUUAUUUUACUUUUUGUUCCUUUUCAUCUCAGGGUGGGAUCCGACUGUUUAAUAUCUCAUCAGUAAAGAAUAAUUAAUUUUAAUGGUAAAAUUCCAUAGUGAACUGAAAAAAAGACCCUUAGAGACCCUUUAAAGUUAGUAUCACAUCAUUUUUAUGACAUAUUUUUCAGGUUCUGCCAUAACACGGCAAGAGCGUUCCAUUAGAGGUGAUAUUCAGACGCUGGAUUGUAAUGCAAUAAGAAAGGACCCAAGCAAAUACUAUGAAAUGUAUUGGAGAGUAAAGGGAGCCGACGGUGAAAUCGGUUACUGUAACAGUGACAGGAAAUGUAUGGAAACGAAAAGUAAGCUUAGGGAUAAGCUUCUGGAAGACAAGAGGAUUCAGGUUGUAAGCAUUUCCAUUAGCACCUUGAACAUAAAACGCACCUUGCCACAGAAAACAACGGGUCACACUGUGACCUUUACAUGUGAAGUGCACAAAACUGACAACACCGUCGAUAUAUCUGAAGUCACGAUCGUUUAUUCUUUAGAGUGUAAGUAAGACUGUACGCAGAAUUUUUAAUAACAAUAAUGAUUAUAGUGAUACUGAUAAAGACGACAUUGAUAAUGACACUGAAAAUACUAUUGUAUUUUUCUUCAAAAAGAAAGAAUUUACCAUAAUGAUACUUUUUGCGGCUCAGUUCAUUCCUUUUCUUCGUGCUGUAUACUGUACAUAUGUAUUACAUGUAUUGUUCAUCGAAUCAUUCAUUGAACAUUUGGCUAUAGCUAUAGUCCAGGUAUUUUUCGUUUUGCUGGCUAGUUUUGCCGUUUAGAGAAAGGUGUACUUUUUACCCGGUUAAGUUGUAUUGUAAUUACAGAUUUUCAACACACAAGUUAUAUCCUUUUCAAAAGGCUCAACCUCGGGUUGAAGAUAUUCUUUAAAACCUCGAUUCUUAUAAAAGACCGUGAACUGCCACUGGGCUUAACAAAGUCAAACUGUGUUCCGCGCGAGGGUGUGUUGUCAGUUCUUUCAUUAAAAGUAUUAUAUGCAGUGGCUNACUGAAAAAAAGACCCUUAGAGACCCUUUAAAGUUAGUAUCACAUCAUUUUUAUGACAUAUUUUUCAGGUUCUGCCAUAACACGGCAAGAGCGUUCCAUUAGAGGUGAUAUUCAGACGCUGGAUUGUAAUGCAAUAAGAAAGGACCCAAGCAAAUACUAUGAAAUGUAUUGGAGAGUAAAGGGAGCCGACGGUGAAAUCGGUUACUGUAACAGUGACAGGAAAUGUAUGGAAACGAAAAGUAAGCUUAGGGAUAAGCUUCUGGAAGACAAGAGGAUUCAGGUUGUAAGCAUUUCCAUUAGCACCUUGAACAUAAAACGCACCUUGCCACAGAAAACAACGGGUCACACUGUGACCUUUACAUGUGAAGUGCACAAAACUGACAACACCGUCGAUAUAUCUGAAGUCACGAUCGUUUAUUCUUUAGAGUGUAAGUAAGACUGUACGCAGAAUUUUUAAUAACAAUAAUGAUUAUAGUGAUACUGAUAAAGACGACAUUGAUAAUGACACUGAAAAUACUAUUGUAUUUUUCUUCAAAAAGAAAGAAUUUACCAUAAUGAUACUUUUUGCGGCUCAGUUCAUUCCUUUUCUUCGUGCUGUAUACUGUACAUAUGUAUUACAUGUAUUGUUCAUCGAAUCAUUCAUUGAACAUUUGGCUAUAGCUAUAGUCCAGGUAUUUUUCGUUUUGCUGGCUAGUUUUGCCGUUUAGAGAAAGGUGUACUUUUUACCCGGUUAAGUUGUAUUGUAAUUACAGAUUUUCAACACACAAGUUAUAUCCUUUUCAAAAGGCUCAACCUCGGGUUGAAGAUAUUCUUUAAAACCUCGAUUCUUAUAAAAGACCGUGAACUGCCACUGGGCUUAACAAAGUCAAACUGUGUUCCGCGCGAGGGUGUGUUGUCAGUUCUUUCAUUAAAAGUAUUAUAUGCAGUGGCUCUUUAGUAUAAACCCUGAUUAAAGAAACUUUACAUGUAAAUAAAAUCUGCUAUUUCGUUACAAAUAUAUUCCAAAACGAAAGCAGUUAACUGCGGCCUUCGCUGGUCACAAGGCUGAAAUGCACUCUUCAUUCUGUCCUAUAAAGAGAAGUAACAUACUGAAUUUGUGAUUGUUAAUUUUAGGCCCACAAGCAAUUCCAUCUCCUAAGGUAAGUAGUUUUAACAUUUUUUUCUCUAAAUCUUUAAUUUUCAUACUGAUGCCGACUUGUGAUAUGGUGUGAUUUGCUGGGUGUUGGAGUUCACUGGGGGUCUAUUUUCUUAGCCAGCUUCAAUUCUGUUUGUGACGCCGUCCUAGCGAACCACAAUAAUGGCGAAACAGCCGCUCUGUUUUGGGUUCUUUCGUGUCCUGUUGAUGUCUUGCAAAGUCAAUUUUCGCUUUAUAUUACGAUCAGCUGUGACCGAGUUUUCGUCAGAAAUAGCUUCAGUUUUUCCCGACUCUUCUGAGUCGACCACGAUAAAAUCGUGAAGUUCCACAGAAAUGGGUGUCACUACCCCCGAACGUGCCUGAGUGUCAGCUGCAAAAUAUCUAGAACAGGACACUCUUUUAAACCGCAUAAUCCUUCUAAAACAGAGGCCAAGCCUGGACGAAAGAUGUCACCCAAAACUUCCUUCAAAUCCCCGCACCAAGGCCAUUUGUGGGUUAAGUUUGAUGUCGGUUCUCUCCUUAGUCCAAGAGGCUUUUCUCCGGGUAGUCCGAUGUUCCCCUUUCCUCAAAAACAAACGUUUCCAAAUUCCAAUUCGACCAAGAAUCAGGUAGACGAAGAACCCCUAAGUGGAUGUGUUACAGCCUCUAAAUCGUUAUUUCUAUUCAUGUGAUGUAUUUAUUUUAUUUAUUUAUUUAUCCUUCAUUUAUCUAUUUAUGUCAAUACCUCGAGUUCCCAGGUCCAAUGAUCUGUCUGUUAGUAGUAAUCAGCCCCUGUCUUCGUCCAUUUUCCUCAUGCUUUUGUUUCACGAAAAAAACCUUUUUCAGUUUCAGCCCAAUGACAGCGCUCGCGAGGUAAACACCACAUUAGGUACAAUUGUUGGCAAGCUUGAGACGCUACCAAAUGGCAAAACUGUGUACGAAUAUCUCGGUAUCCCUUAUGCUAAACCACCGCUUAAUGAAUUGAGGUUUGCGCGUCCAGAAUCCUUUCAACCUUGGUCAGGAAAAAAGGAAGCGAAGGAGUUCGGAUCAGCGUGUCCACAACCGCGCUUUGAUACACAUAACUUUAAGAGGGAAAUAGGAGAAGGUAAGAGGCGUAUAACAGUAUUAUAUUAUCGGAUGUGAAAGCUCUCACGGACGAUCUUUGACUUUGAUCUUUAAUCGGUUAAUUGCCAAUAGUACAGGCUAAUCAUGGCAAUGGAUGGCACGAUUAGGCAGUAGGUGAUGACAGAUAAGUUUUGCCUGUGGACUUAAACACGGGCAACGAGGGAGCGAUAACAGCAGUAGAUGGAAGACUGUUGCAGACAGGUAUACAUCGGGGGGACAAAGAGUAAUAAGAGGCAUCAACAAAAGCGGGUAAAAGGUUGUAUGUCUUACUAUGGCACAUUCAAUGAUUCAAAGCUUAAUCCAUAAAUUCAACGAACGCUACGCACGGAAAGAAUAUCUGCAAGUUAGGGCUCAAAACGUUUAAGAUAUACCUUCACUUGACUCCACACUACGUCAUAUUGGUUCCUUUCAUUUCACGUGAAAAAUACUUGGGUACAUUAUUAAAGAUGGACUAAUUGAAGCACAUGUUCAAGGGAGUAGAGAGGUAAGUUAGGUAUUGUGCUAGGUCAAGCCCGGGGAGGAGGGGCGGGGGAGAACUUGAGCCGCUGAAAAACCAUGACCCUGACAAAGAAUUCCCAAAACAAUACUUACUUAUGUUUAGGACAACACCCGCAAUUUUAUUACCAUGUUUAGGACAAAGGAGAAAAUGUACGCCGUCUUUUUUUAGAGCCAUUUAUUGUCAAUUGCAAUAGAACAAAAUUACGUUAUAAGCUUUUGUAUACUUGAGAAGGAACGAAAUUUAUCUUGCAAAUCAAAUCAAUCGCGCAGGCAAUACCCUGUUGACAGACUCACACGAUAUAUACCUUGUUUAGGACAGAGAGGUCAAAAACCACACCCUGUCCAGUGGCAUAUCUUCGUAUAGGCCUUAAAAGGGGAUACCUCCCCGGGAGGUCAAGGCAGGUUUGUGACGCACGUCCUGUUUGAAUCUUCAUCAUCAUCAUCACAAUCAUCAUCACCACCAUCAUCAACUAAGGAAAAGACGUGAGACAUGUACGGUCUUCUCAAAACGAGACGGUAACUCCCUUACAGCAGAAAUUCCCGUUGUCUUAUUUUACUGAUAUGAAUUUUUUUUCUUUUUUUUUUUCAGAAAAUGAGGAUUGUCUUUUCUUGAAUGUGUUUGUGCCAGCAACUAGUAGCACAGAAGGCAAGAUGGCAGUGAUGGUGUGGAUUCAUGGCACUGGUUUGGCCAGUUUCAGUUCCUCCCCUAAAUUCCGUGGCUUUUCCAUUGGUUCCUCUUCUGAAUAUCCGCCUCACGUUUUAGCAGGCUACAAUGAUGUCAUUGUUGUGACAUUCAACUACAGGCUAGGAAUUCUGGGAUUCUUAAAUAGCGUUCCUGGGACAGAGAAAACGGGAAAUUACGGAAUGUUUGAUCAGGUAACCAGCUUCAGUGAAGAAAUGUUGCAUUAAUUCGACACAAGACAUAAUAUACUAAUAGGACACCUGGGAGGCACGCAAGCACGUGUUCUCAAAGCGCACUAGCCCCGAAAUUCACAACAGUUAUGACAAUCUCUUGCCCCCUCUCCCUUUCCCUCGUUCUUUUGCUCUGUUGAUCGGCACACCCUACUAUCCCCAAUGUUCCUCUUUUCGAGUUCCUGAACUCCAGGGGCGAAUCUAGGGGAGGGUGCAAGGGAUGCCCACCCCUCCCCCUGCGAAGGGGUCCUGACAACUGGUAUUGUUCUAAAUAUGCAGAUAUGUAUGAUACAUAUUCUCAACAGUUCACAUUAUCUUGUUGCCCAGUCAAGAGCCUUCUUCUUCGUGUUCGCUUGUGAAAUUUGUUUACGUCGUCAGUCAGUUACGCCAUUCCUUAGUUGUGCACCCUCUUCUAAGAAAAAUCCUGGAUCCGCCCCUGAACUCACAACUUUCCAAAAGGAGGCCAUGUGCAAACCUUUUUCGUUUAAUAAUUUAUUUGCAUGAGAAUAAACAAAUCAUUCUUGAUAUCAAUGUCAUCGUAUAUUAGAAUCGCUUUAACACAGAGGCCUGAAGCAUCUCGAAAAAUGGCCUAUAAUAUACUAGAAACAGUACAGACAACACCUUGGUCCUCCCAACAAUGCAACAGAGCAUGUCCAGGACAAGGCCGCUAUGGUGUAUUUAAGUGAAAGGCUAGGUUUAUCUUCCUAUUUUCAUUUUUAUUUAUUUUUUUCACAAACAAUAGCGAACAAUCCCACCACAACAGAAGGGUUAGACUCUGGGGAAAACAAAACUAACCUUUUCCCCCUGGAGCUGACAUUUAGCGUAUAUUUUCUCUACAGAUUCAAGCACUAACGUGGGUCCGAGACAAUAUUGCCCGUUUUGGUGGUGAUCCCGACAAAGUGACUGUGUUUGGUCAAGGUACAGGGGCAACGAGUGUCGCUUUGCAUCUUAUGUCGCCUAAAUCAAAAAAACUGUUCCAAAGGGCCAUCAUGCAAAGCGGUGCAGCGUUAGCUCCCUACCUACCAAGAAAGGCAGCCAACGAGUCAGUACAAAAGCUAGCUGCUGAUGCAAACUGCUCUUUUGACGACAAGCUCAUCGACUGUCUUCGUGGUAAAAGUGCUCAAAAAAUCAUUGAGUUGCAAUCUUCGAUCUCCUCCAAACACGCAGAAGCUCUGAUAGAACUCAGCAACCCAGUGAUUGAUGAUGAUUUUCUAGAAGAAUCUACUGAGAAGCUGUAUGAACAUCACAAGAAAGGAAGAAAACCACCUCAUUCUCUGUUGAAAAAACUCUUUCCAAAUGUUGAAAUCAUGACUGGGUUUACAACCCACGAGUCAUCUCUUGAUGUCAUCCAAAGGCAAGAGGAUGCGACCCAAGAUGGUAUUUCGAAAAGCAGCAUUGUAAAAACCCUCAAAUAUGGAAACAUAGAAAACAAAAUUGUGGACGAGCUGGUUAAGUACCAGUACGCGGAUCAUUCUGACACAUUAAAGAGAGACAGGAUGAUUGAAAGUGACUUUAUGACUGUGGCACCAAUGACUUUUGAGGCAAUCGCUUUAGCUGAGGUAUUCUCAGUAGCCAUAAUAAUCAACACGUUGACUCAUAAGCCCCAAAACUGUUAAUGUUUGGACACAGGGAGAAUAUCCGGGCAUAGGUGCGGCAUUUGAACACGUCCCCUUUCCACUCUCUGGGUAUUUUCACCACAAAUUUGGAACCAAACUGCAGUUUUAUUAUCUCCAGAAAGGGAUAUUUUAUCAAACUUAAACUAUUUUCCUAUCCAAAAAAUUGCAAAAAAUAUUCAAAUCCCGCACCUAUCCCCGACUCUCCCCCAGGUCCAAACAUCUAAUUUGAUACCUGGAUAAAUUAGCCGUUGGUGCGGUUAAAUUGGUGGAGAACCUUGCAUCGACGAGUAGAAGUCAUUUGGGGCACGCCAUCGAUAUAAAUUGGGUUUUUAGACGAAACAGAUCAAUUCAUCCUUCAACUCAAUUCCACUUCAUAUCCCAAAAUAGUUUUUUCCUUAUUCUUUCACGAGGCAUUGGUUUCACGUCAAACUCAUCGAACACGCUAUAACCCCAUAGUACGGCGAAACAUGUUCUUUUGCAUGACUCCAUGAUGAAAGUAAACAGAUGAAAUUUAUCGCUGGAUAACUUAAAUGGAAGCGAGACUUUUUAACUAACAGAUAAUGAACUAAAGGCCUGGAUGGGAAAUGAUCCACUACUUAAGGUCGCAAUAGGCCAUUUUCACUAUAACGGCAUUUAACUUCAGCUAGCAGAACUCAUUUCGUUUUAGCUUUUAUUCCAGCUAAGUUUUAAAACCCGAAUUUGUAAAAGAAAACAACAAAAGGAAGGAUUCUGGAACUUACUGUAAUUUGAUGUCAUCGUACAAACGUCGCAUUAACCGUGGUCCCGUUUCCCCCACUCUAUUGGUCCAUACAAACACCUGUAGUUUGACCAGUCAAAAAAUACCGAAGGGGCACCAACUGACUCUAUUAAUUGUCUCACUACUUCUUCUUCUCCAGGCUAAUAAUUCUGUUUAUUUCUACGUGUUUGAGCAUCGACCUGAUUUUUCCCAACUUCCCGAGGUGACGGGUGCAAUCCACGGUGAUGACAUUGGCUUUGUAUUUGGAGCACCUUUCGCGAAAAUUUCACCUCUGGUAGAGUCUUUCACUCCCAGAUAUUCUGAUAUUGAGACGGGACUCAGCAGGUACAUCAUGAAGCUGUGGACAGACUUUGCUAAGUUCGGGUAAGAAGAUAAGAAAGGCGUUUUGUCCUAACACUUUUCAGGCUUCAAAGACGCCCCUAACUACGUUAACUUUUUUGUUGUCAGUUUGUUUGUUUGUUUGUUACAAUCAGUUAAGACAUUUAUGGUACGUUUAGUCCAGGAACAUUUGAGACAAUGAACAAAAUCUUAUACUCAUAGUGCAUGUGUCAAUGGAAUGAAACUUAUUUUCUUUUACACGAUCUCCGUUCACAUCACCAACAGGUGUGUAUUUAAAGGUUUCAAACUAAGUUGGAUACUCUUUUUUGGAGACAGAUUCACUUUUUUGGUACUCUGCAUUUCUUAUUAGGAAUUCUAUAAUCAUUGCAAUGCUGUUACACAUUUCACUUCCAAUUUAGAGAUAUCAUUCACGAACAUGAUAGCCUGUUCAGGCGUUCAGCUGGUGGAGUUUAGCACCAAGUCACCCUACCCCCUCCCUGUUUUUCCUACUCACAUCUUUUUGCGCCUUCCCACAACCUAAACGCUUAAACAGGCGACGGACAUGGGAGACGACAGCCCCUCUUGGUAAGAUGCGCUUAACCUUAUAGAAUAAAAAGGCAAAGGAAAACGCAAAGUCCCCCUGGGAAGUCUCAUAAAAGUUCUGCUCUGUAUCUAGAGGGGCAAAGUUUCUUUGUUAAAGUAAUUACGUUACUUCUUAAAUGAAGACUUGUGUGAUCUACGCAUGAUCAUAAACUUAGGUUAUUAUCAUAUUGUCAUUAAGUGAUUUUGCCUCGUUUUCAGGGAUCCUACUGGCCGCGAUUAUCCUGUCAAGUGGCCAAAGUUCACCAAAGAAAACCAAUCCUACCUGGCCCUUGACGUGAAGCCCGAGAAAAGGAACAAGUAUAGAGCAAAAGAAGUGGCAUUUUGGAACAACUUCAUUCCAAGGGUUAUAAGAAAAUCUAAAAAGCAUUGCUCGUCAUUUUAA